AUGCUUGAAGACUGGGGUCCUGGGCUCGGCCGGUGCGAGGCGUAUCGUGAGCCAUAUCUUGGCCGAGUGCUUCCCCAUGGCGCGAUUACCAUCCUGCCAGGUUGUGAUAAUGGCGAAGUAAAUUUUAUUUUUGUUGGUGAAGCUGUCAUCUUGGAACGGCUGAGGAAUGACAAGGAUAUGAAUGCCGUGGCUUCGUGUCAGUUUAUCAAGGACGACUUCAUCUAG